AGUUAAAUUCAGUUGAUUGAAUAAAUCGAACGUGAAUAUAAUGUCAGGUAAUAUUGUGGCGGUUUAAAUCUAAUUGGAAACAGCAAGUAAAAGUGAUAACAUUAUGGUCAAAACAGAAAGUAGCAGCAACUAAAAAAUGUGCAAAUUUAAAUGAUACAUAUAGUCUUCGAAAGCAUAUCCGAAAUGAAUCUCUUGCUUUAACGUAAACAUUCAAACAUAUGUACAUAUGUAAGUUCGUUCAAAAACAAAUAAAUUCGAAAUGAAUGCGACCUUGAACCUUAACGCGAAUACAUCAAGUGACCGGCUGCAAUGGUCACUUCAUCAAAGCAACAACAAUAACAAAACCACAUACUACUUUCCCCACACGACGGCAUCGUCGAGACUUGGUAGCGCAGCUGAAAGCGAUGAAGAGGAGCAAAAAGAAGCCGGACAUAGACAAGCCAAUGACUCCUACACAACUAACAGCACUCCAACUCGAACACCUGCGCUCUUUUUCGAUGAGGAAAAUCUGCUGAUGGAGAGCACUUCUCGAAUAGGAGCCAAUUCCAACACAUUUCCGCCAAAAGCGUUGCAUAAAAGUAAUAGUUAUUGUGGUGUCACGCGUUCAAAGUCGACCGUACUUAAACGGGAUAGCAUGAAUGGCCGUAUUGCUACCAGUCUUACGGACGACGAUAUAGGCACUAACAAUUACAGGGUGACACUUUACGCAGCUGCAGCACCCAAUAAUGAUUUUACAUCCAAUAUACCUAACAACUACGACGACGAUGCGAUCGUCGAUCUUCCUGAUGAAAACGAUCUGCUAAUGCCAUUCGGAACUGAUGCUGGUGACGGUGUCGGUGUCGGUGGUAGCAGUACCAACAGUGCACCCAGCGCCCGACGAAGUGUUUGUAGUACGAGUAAGGCGCGUAACCCGUUUUUAAACCGCAUAAGUCACAACCGGAAAUGCUUUGUGGGACUUCUGUUGUUGCUAAUAGCAUUUUCGGCGUUUCUGAUAUUCGCAUAUCUAACACGCGAUUAUACAAAACAACUUCUAUUGUGGAUCGAAAUGCAAAACCCCUGGAUUAUAGUCGCCAUAUUGAUAGCGUUGUUUGUUUUGGUUAGCUUUCCGAUAGUGGUGGGUUAUUUUGUGCUUAUGCUAACUUCCGGUUACUUGUUUGGAGCGUUAAAGGGUGCCUUAAUUGUGAUAGUAGGUGCAAACAUCGGUGUCGCCGUUUCUAAUUUGGUUAUUCGCAAUUUACGUCAUCGCAUACCGAUUCAUAAAAUAAUAAAAAACGAGACUGGUCGUGCUAUACUGCGCGUAAUUUCUGGACCAAAAGCAUUCAGAGUGGUGUUAUUCACACGCUUAACGCCCAUUCCAUUUGGCUUGCAAAAUACGAUAUUUGCGGUCAGUGCCGUUAAUCCACGUGCUUAUCACACGGCCUCGCUCAUAGGGCUCAUGCCGGCGCAGAUAAUUAAUACAUAUUUGGGAUCAACACUGAGGUCAAUGCAAGAAGUGCUUAGUAGCCAUGGACCGCCGUUGACGGGUUACAUUAGCUUUGGUCUUGAGGUCAUCUGCGGUGUUACGCUCAUGAUGUGGGUCAUACAAAAGGCGCGUAAAGAGUUGGCUCAAACACUGCUCGCCGAUCUCAGCAACCAAGGCAAACUGAUAGAAAUAGAUGUGUGAUUGUUGUGAUGUGAAAAGAAGGACUGUUACUCGUAUUGUUUCCUUUUAUAGAUGCCGAGCAGUAUUCAUUGCAAUAUGAAUGAAUUUGAAAUGCUCAAUUAAAACUCGUAAUCAAGGCUGGCUAUUGCCAACUUCAUAUUAUAUAUAUUAUACAUAGUACGAAUAUAUGAUAUGUUACAUACAUAGUUGCAUACAGGCAAACUUCCAUAGACGUUUGUUGAAAACGCUAAACGCUCACUAUACAUAUAAAAAAAGACUAUUUUAUAAAUUUUUGCUCUCUUUGUUUUUAAUGAAUUUAAAUAAAAACGAAAAAAAUUAACUUAAAUAGACAGUUUAUUUUUCAUUUAAAAAUGCAGACACAUAAAAAUUGUAAUACAAAAAAUGAAAAGGAAUGAAAAGAAGGGAAUGUUUUUUAAAUUAAAAAUUGAAGUUAUGUAUAGAAACUUGUACAUGUAAAUGAAAAGCCAAAUUUAAGUAAGAUUAAUGUGAAAAUAAAUUUAUAAUAUAAAAUAAUUAUUACUUAUUAUUACAUUUUUAAUUAAAAGAACUAUAAUUUAAAAUAAAUGUUUUGUUACAUGAUUAGAUGUACAAACAUAUUUCAAGUAUUAACUGGUAAAUUCUGGAAUACAUUUAUUUACAUUUACAAUUGUACUCUCUAAGCAUUUAUGCAAUUAACAAGUGCUUUUCAAACUAUCCGAUAGUUGUUAAAUUCCUGAACUUUUGACAAACUCAACUCUUUGACUUAAACAGUUUUGCUUUUGGAGCAAAAAAAUCUGAACUUUCUUGGAACAAUUUUAUGCUACAAAAUUCAUGUGCAUUCACAGCUGUGAAUAAUUAAUUUUUAAAUUAUCUAAUUAUAUAAAAAAUUGUGAACCAACAGCAAGACGCACGCCAGAAAUAGGAAGAAGCGCUUGGCCAAACACCUAAAAAGGGUGUAAGAAGACUGCUGUAUAUUGGCAGCAAGCUUUAACUAUUUUUUUUUAAAUUUUAAAUAAUUUUGUACAAAAAUAUAGUUCACCAUACUACGAAAACCGCCUAAUGCAACGUUUCAAUCUUUGUUCAACAUUUAUAAAAAUUCGACAAAUUUACAUCCAAAUUUCAAACUUUUUAAGCAGAAUUUUUAUUUGCAAUUUCAAGUAUGCAAUCUUAUAGCUCAUUAAAUUCGGGUAAUGUGCAAGUUUCAAGUAGCUAAAAAGUCACACGGAUUUUUCAGAAUUUUUUUUUGCUCGCGGUCUUGUGCAUUUUCUCCACAUUUUUUUAUAUGGAAGAAUACACGCAGCACCGUCAGCAGAAAAAAUCUCAAAAAUCAACGCGAUUUUUGAAUCACUUGAAAUUUGCGCUUUAUGUUGGGGAAAUUGAAUGUUCUAUAAAACUGCAUACCUGAAAUUUUUCUAAAAAUUCUGUGUAAAAAGUUGGAAUAGAUUUGAUGAAAAUUUGCCGAAUUUUCACGAUUUUUAUACAAACUUGAAAAACUUUCCUUUAUAUGGUUCUUCAUUGUAGUAUCAAUAUAUUUAUUUUAAAUGAAAAGUGCAAAAUAAAUAAAUUAAAAGUACUAAAUAAAUAAAUAAAUAGUCAAAACGUAUGAAUAAAUGGUGUGCACUUGCUUUUGGCGCUGACGGUAAAUAUCAUUAAAAUAAUUGAGUACAGAAAUUCAUUGUUUGAUUGGUUGAAAGUGCUAAGUGGACUUAUGUUGUUUUGUCAAAAGGGCACAUUUAUGUAUAGUUAAUUUACUAUUUAAGAAAUUCAUGUAUAUCGGGUGUUUUUUUAGCUGCAUGAGAACUAUCAAUAACGACAACUAUGGUUUGACAGCUGAGCAUGGCAAAUUGUGUUGGCAUUUCUCUUCAGUAAGGUUUGGCAGGUCUCACGAAUCGUUUAACUCGAGAGCAGCGCUUCCAAGUUGUGGAAAUUUACUUUGAUGAAAAUAAAUGUGUACGCAAAGUGCAUAAAGAAAAGUAUUUAAGAAAACGCCGUACUCUCGAUUCCUCAUCAUUCUCAACUUGUUAGGCUUUGUGCUCCGACUACAUGGAAAAUUUUACGUAAUGUGAGAAUUGAAGCUAAAUGACCAUCGUUUGCGUCGCAUUUUUGCUGAUUAAACUCUUUUACAUUUAUUAUUCAGAUUUAUUGAAAAAAGUAGUCAAGAAUUGAACUGAUCGAAUGGACCAUGCAAUCAUAUUGAAAAAAUAAAUGCCAUGAAAUUAUCUGCCAGUUUAUAAUAAAAUAAGUUCAUUCCAAUAUUUUUGUUUUGCAUUAUCGCUUUAAGCUCUGAAGCUCUUAAAAAACACCCUUUACAUAUGUACAUAUGCAAUUUUUUUUAUUUUUUGUAGAUAUUAUAUUCGAAUUGUUUACAUAUUUUUUAUACAUACGUACAUACAUAUGUAUGCACAUAAUUAAUAAAAACUGUCAAUCUCGCUUGUAUUCUCUGUAUCUUAUAAAAAUAAAAACGGUCUGAGUUUAUAAAAACAACCAAACUGUGCCUAAAUCUAAUGACAAUUUCGCACUAAUCAGUUUUAAUAAGCUCCGCGCACGCUUUCACGCUCGCUUUUGUAAUUGAGAAAAAAAACCUUUUUUUUCGUGUAUAGAGCAAAAAGUUAACUGCGCUAUUAGUAAGGAUACAAAUGUAUGUAUAUGUACAUAUGUACUUAUUCGAGUUAUAUAAUAACUGUAAACCUAGUUUAGUAUACUGCUUGUUUUUUACAAUUAUUUACAUUCUAUUUAUAAGCUUCUUUUCGUAGCUACUAAAUCUAACUAUUAAACUUGCACUGAAAGACCGGUCCUCAGACAUAGCAGAGUUAAACUUGCUAUGUGAAACUGAUUCUUAUAACGUAGUUUAUGCUGCAUAUCAACUUCUUGUAAAUAUAUGUAUGUAUGUACAUUAGAAUUAUUGUUGUAAGUAGGUUGUUUGAUAUGAUAUACAUAUGUUUAUUCCUGUUCUAGGCCGUUGUUAGCUUGCUAAAGCAAUUUUGUAAUAGACUACGCGUAUAUGUACCAGAUUCCAUAUAUAUUUACAUAUGGACUUUAAACCGAUUUAUUCUAAGUUGUAGUGUUGAACAAAAUAAAUGUGAAAUCUUGUCAGCCUAA